AUGAGGCCCAGGUUUAUCGCCCGCCAUCCACAGCUUGCUACCCCCGAGGCCCGCCAAUCCGCCUGGGGAUGGCCGCGCCAGGCCAAAUACGCCAACGUCGUCUCAAACAAAUCCGUCGACGAGCAGCCGCACGCACACGAGGCGUGGAUCCCCGAGGUCCUGCGCAGUGCCUGGGUCGUCGGGGCCGUCUUGAUCCUCAAUAUCGUGCUGACCCUCAUCGCCCUGGGCCUGAGCUACUCCCGAACUGUCAAUCGCGGCGCGUUUCUGUCCACGGAAUUGUACGCCGGAAACUGCACCCGUGCCACUGACUGGGCCACCGGGUUUCACAUCGUCAUCAACCUCUUGUCCAGCGCGCUGUUCGAGUCCGGGGGCUACGCGAUGCAAUGUCUGACCGCACCCUGCCGGACCGAGGUGGAUCAGGCGCACCGUCGCCGCCGCUGGCUCGAUAUCGGCGUCAUGAGCGUCCGCAACUUCCGCGUCAUGAGUGUCCGGCGAAAGUUGCUGUGGCUCGUUCUGCUGGGAACCUCCCUCCCAAUCCACAUGAUAUACAACUCGGCCAUCUUCUCCUCCAGCUCAUCCUUGGACUACGGGAUGAUCAUCGUCCCAGACGACCUGACGCCUCAGGAAUCUCUCGUCUCCGCGCUGGGCGCCGAGGCAUUCCUCGCGGCCGUCGGCAGCUCGCCCGAGGUGAUCCAGGCCGAGCUGUUUAACGGAACCUUCGGCAAUGUCAGCAACGCCAAGUGCCUCGAGCAGUACAACGUGGAGUAUAACACGCGCAUGGGGACGCUUGUCUUCCUGGCGGAACGGCUGUACUUCCCAAACAACACCAACAGCCUCACCGCGCGGCUGCACGGGUACACCGCCGUCUACGACUAUGUUGAGAACGUGGGCAAGGUCUCGGCGGCACGGCAGAUCCGGACGGGCAAUUGGACCGCGGAGGGGAUGCCGUGGACGGGGGAUGUGAGUCGGGUUACCAUCACCCGCUGCAUGACCAAGACGGUCCCCCAGCACUGUCGCUUGUUGUUCAGUCCCCCGAUCGCGCUGGCGGUGGUGGCACUGAACCUGAUCAAGGUGGUCUGCAUUUACUGGACCGCCCGGACACGCCGCACGGAGAUCUUCCUGCGGGUCGGCGAUGCCCUCGCCUCCUUCCUGGCGUAUACCGAUCCUGCCACCGCCGGUCAGGGCCUGCUGUCGCGGGCCGACAUGGCACAGGGCCCGCAUCAGUGGCAGCCGGAGCCGCGAAGGAACCGACUCUUCCGCCGACGAGGGCGAGCAACCCCCCCGGGGGAGUCCUCGGAGAACCGACGCAUGUUGACGCCUCCGCUUCGGACGCGCGAUAUCCCUCCGAGGAAGCGAUGGUUCCAGGCCGCGAGUGUGACGCGAUGGGUGUCCUCGGUACUCUGGUUUCUCCUCUGUAUUUUCUUGACCGGCUUCAUUUACUGGAACGUGCAAUACGAUGAUGACUGGUCGUUGACCGAGGAGUGGCAGCUGGGAUUCGGCCAGGCCAACGACAAGACGAACCUGCAGUUCCCCUCUGGGGGUGUCGGACUGCUCCUGGCGCUGCUGUUCAGCAACAUCCCGCAGCUCUUCCUCUCCGUGCUGAAUUGGCUGUGCGGCAGUGUCCUGUCGUGCAUGCUGGUCACCGCCGAAUACAACGACUAUGCGGUCGAACGCAAGCCGUUGCGAGUGUCGUGGCCGCGAGGGGAGCAGCGCACGUCCUAUUUCCUCUCGGUGCCCUAUCGCUACGGCGUGCCCCUGUUCAUCGUGGGGGUGGUCUUCCACUGGCUGCUGUCGGAGAGCUUGUUUUAUGUCAAUAUCCUCGAGUACGAUAUCCUUGGGGAGCUCGUGACGAGUACGGCCAUCCACGGCCUAGGCUUCUCCCCUAUCCCGAUUUUCGUCUGUCUCCUGCUCCAGGGGGUUGUGUUCGUCGUGUUCGUCGGGCUCGGGGCGAGGAGGUUCCGUGCGCCCAUGCCGCUGGCGGCCCAUUGCAGCGUCGCGCUGAGUGCCGCCUGUCACCCACCCGCGGACGAUCUCGACGCGGGUCGGAGGGCCGUGAUGUGGGGGGAGGUGACGGGGGAGGACGAGCGGAUCGAGGGAUAUUCCCAUUGCACCUUUACGUCACACGAGGUCACUCGGCCCUCCGAGACUCGAUUCUACCGCUGA